GCAAUAACAAAGACAUUAAAAAUAGAAUAGCUUGUAUUUGUUGACUUAACUGGUAUUGCGUCAGUUUGAGGAAUGAAUUUCAGUUUUGUUUUAAAGUCUGUGAUUGCGGAUUAUGAAAUAUGAGGGUAAAAACAAGAAGGAAAGUAUAGAACUUUGACAUUACGUUUAUAUAUUUGCAAAAAAAGAAAUUAAUUAUUUUAUUUUGAUUUUGUCACGGCUUCGAAACCAAAACUCAAAGAGGAAAUUCUUAACGAACAUAUAAACAAAAAUCUAACGAAAGAAAACUUCAUAAGCUUCACAAUAUUUUCAUAUUUAUGCAACAACUGGGAAAAAGAUCGUUCUGUUAUGAUAGCAUCAAGAACCAUAAUCAAGCAUCGAGGGUUUAGAAAUAUUGUAUGUAACUUCUACUUGCAAGACUAUUGAAUAAGGAUUUUUUCAUUUCAAAGAAAGCGGUGGAUACUCGACUGAAAAAGAUAAAUUAUUGUUACGUUAUUUCAACGAUAUUUAAUGUUGAUCGACGAGACGUCAAACUGACAGAAAUUGAACUGGGCGCAAUAUGGUAUUGAAACAACAGAAAUAUUAUUGAUAUCUCUACAAUGAAUAAAUAAAGGCAACAGGAAAACGCUUAAAAAUGUGAUUAUAUGUAUAUAUCUUGGUAUUCUGUUUUUGUUUGAAAUAACGAGUGUCGUUCAAUGGAUGUAUUUUGUGACCGAAAUGCAAUGGACUGAUUGAUGGAACCUCAAUAUUAUACGGAUUACUUAUUUCAUCAAUACUCACAAUUUUAUUGGAAGCUAUAAAAUGUCUAGCUUGGUAGGAUUCGAACAUGCCCAUAAUUACGUUAUCAAGCCUGAUGUUAUAUUUAAAAUGAUAACUCUAGCAUUUUAGUCUCUCAGUCAUCGGCACUACACGCCUUUAUAAUUGAUUUAGUUAACUUAGAUGUCAACCAUUUGAACCAGACUAGAACAUUUGGCAAUAAGAUAUAGUGGAUUAAUUCGACUUCUUUAUAUAACGACAUCUUAACUAUGUCCAACUACUGGAGAUUAAAAAUAAGCGUUGACCAGGGAGAAGUUUGAACUGAGAACGUAAAGAAAUGUUAUCAAAUAUUGCAAAGAAUUUAAUCCGUAAUUCUACACUUUUAAAAUCGAGUGUGAUGAAAAGGAAAGGAAAACAUGCUAUUCUUUCUUACAAAGGAAUGUUUGCAAAAUUCUAGUUUAAUGUUAAAGAAAAGCGUCAGUUGAAUAUAAAAAUAACUCCAUGGAAUAAUUAUAUACUUAUUCUACUUACAUUAAUAUACAUUUUUUUUUAUAAAUCAGUACCCCGUUUAUAUUUAUAAUGAAUAUAUUCCAAAAGAAGUGCCUCAGAUUUUGUUUUGUUUUGCAAACAGACGAAGACAAUACUAAUGAUUUAUAAAGAACUUCCCGGAUAUUGGAUAAAAAUAUAUUAUUUUAGGAGGACAGCAUCAUACAACCUUUAUCGGAACGGAAAACUGUCCAUAAAUACUAAAUCAUGGAAUUGUACGACUACACCAUCUACGGACUACGUAAUUACUACCGAACCUACAAAUCAUCGAAAUACCAGCAAGAACUCUACUAUUAUUUAUUAUAUAUUACUAUUAGCCUUACAGUGCUGUUGCCCAACCUACUCCUCGUCGUUGUACUUCUUCGAAAGAUAAAAAAGGGAGACACUAGACCUUUAGAUAAACUGUUAUUAAACAUCUGCAUCAGUAGUUCUCUCUGGGGUAUAUUCGGACAUUUGGUGUUUGCUCAUCUCUAUUAUUUCCAAUGGAAUAUUGGAGUUGCUUUCUGUAAAGUUUAUUACACUGUACUGGUUGGGUUUGAUAUUGCAUUUCAGUUACAUAUGUUUGCGAUCAGCAUCGACCGAGUUCUUCAGGCGACCAAUCCAUACCGUUACUUACAAAGAGUGAAUAACUUUGGUUCUAGUCUUCUGCUAUACAUACCAUGGUUAGGAACAGUUAUUACCGUGAUGCCGAUAUAUUUCCUUGGUUUUUACAAUAACUCCAAUCAAAUAUAUUACGAAUGUGACUUCACUCUUAAUCAAGAGACCAACUUAGGUUUCCAGUGGCUUACUUUUGUGUUGAGCUUAAUGACAACCACCAGUACGACGAUUGUGAUCGUCUGCUUACUCCAAUCCCGCGGUUUAAUGUCGUAUCGUCUGCUUACGAACGCCGACCGUCAGCUGAUUCGUAGCUCAUUAAUUGCAGGUAUAAUUGCAAACUGCAUAUUUGCAUCAACUGUAUUUAUUCUCAAAUGCUUUCAUUUGCAUCUGAUGAGGACUUCAGUUGAAAACAAGAGUAAUAUACUAUGGGCGAUUAUAGAAAUAUUUUCCUAUUUGUCUUUAUGCAGCGCCGGAAUAAUUCCAACAUUUUGGUUUAUCGAUCGUGAUAUUAGGAAUGCAGUUACAAAACAAAUCAAUGAAAUGGUUCUGAAAAUAACGAGAAGUAGUGAAAAAUCAGAAACACAAAAGACUAUGCCUAUAGACUUCAGUGACAACUGAAGGAAAAGUAAAAAAAAAAAGAAAAAGCAUUAUUUAAAGGAAGCUUUUUUAAAGGUACGGUAAACAGUUACACUUCAAUGAUUGCAUAUGGAGACGCAAAGUGGAAAUUAGGACAAAUUGUAAAAAAAUAAAACCUAUUUAUU